AACAAUCAAGGCUUUGACUCUGCACAGGUGAACUCACAGGGCGCAGCUCGAGUUCUCAGGAACGCUCGCGAAAGUCAGUCUGAGGCCAAGGACGAUUUUUUUUCCCCCUUUAUGUUGGAUUUUACAGAAACGUAAUUAAGUUUUCUCUACUUUGUUGAUGAGCUCCUAGAUUCUUCUGUUUACCUGAGAUGACGUGGUUGAAAGGGAUUCAGAAAUUGAGACCAGUGCUUGUGUCUGUUUUGUUUAUCCUAACAUCUCAAGGUGCUAACUGCCAACUGGUGGUGUCUCCUGUUGGUCCCACCCUGGUGAAUGCUUUAGCUGGUACCAACGUGACUCUGGCUGUUUUCUACAGUGGUGCCUCUGAUCCAGUGGUUACCUGGUUCAAGGGAGCUCUGCCUGUGGGGACAUGGACUAUAAACACCAACUUUUCUCCAGACAUAGCCAAUGACGGCUGGGGUGUGCUCGAAAUUGAAAGGAAUGGGUCUCUUACCUUUAAAAAUGUGCCACAGCGCUUUACUGGAAGUUAUACUGUGGAACUAACAAAGUCUGGACACGGAACAGUUUCAGUGACAUUCACUCUAAAUAUUUAUGAAAUUAUCCAGAAUGUGACUCUGAUCACAGAGCCCCAUUUUGCCCAAGAGGGAGCUGAGCGGUUCACAUUACAAUAUAACAUGCUUCAAGGUGUUGUUGAACAAGAAAUAUGGCGCUUCAAUGGAAGAGACCUGCAAAACAGCACACGCUAUUUGAUGGAGGGAACCAGCCUUGUAAUCUUUGGACCUAACCGGACAGACAAGGGAUCAUAUUCCGUGACAUUGAUGAACCCCUUCAGCAGCAUGACCAUGCAUAAGAAUGUGACUGUUCUUUACGGGCCGGAUGAGCCCAUUGUGGAGGCAUUGGCAAUUCAACCUUUCUACAAAGCAGGGGACUCUCUGAUUUUGUCCUGCCGAGCUGAAGGAUUCCCACUGUCAAUUCCUCAGUGGAUCUUUGGGGGUAAAAUUCUUCCAGAUUUUCACCAAGGAGUCCUAAAUCUGACAAACGUGCAGACCAGUCAAGGAGGCUCUUACACUUGCUCUUUGCUCAAUGAGCUGACUAAGGAGAAGCGUGAGAAGAAUGUGACUUUAAAGGUCUAUGACAGCCCGCUGGGUAGUCCAAUAUGCUCUGUGGCGUCUGUAAACAAUACUGACUUGCAGUAUCAGUGCAAGUGGGCAGGAGGAAUGCCAGAGGCCCAGUUGUCUUUCCCAGCACUAAGUAAUAUAAACAGUGGAGCUGGAACCUUCAGCCUCAUUGUUACUUCCUCUGCUAACCUCAAUGACAAAACUAUCACUUGCUUAGCAGAGCAUCCAAUUGAACAAAACUCCUGCAACAUUACCGCAAAAAGUCCCAGAAACUUUCUUCCAGCUGUGAAAACCUCUGUUGAUUCAGAUGGAAAAAUUGCAGUAACCAUCCACUGUGUCAGUGAGGCAUCCCCUCAGGCUGUGGUUUCAUGGUCGCAGGGAAAUGAGUCUGUCAUCACUGGGUCGACAUACCAGAUAAGCAGUGACACUACACAGCUGAAGAUUCGCAGUCAUAACAUCAGCACUUUCCUGCUUGCGCCAAACUACACCUGUACAUGUCGCAAUCCACUGGGCAGUCAGAGAAAGCUGUUUCAGUUGCAAGGACCGACUAUCUCAGAUUCCAGUUUGUUCCCUAAUCAAGAUGGAACCAUCAUCACAUUAACCUGGGAGGUCCCACCUACAUCUGUGGUUACAGGUUUUGACAUCCAAAUGAAAGGACCUGAUCUUCUGAGCCAUAGUGGUGAUUAUUCUGUUCCUAGGGGAAGUUCAAAAGAAUACCGCAUCAUUCAGCAGAAACCUGGGUAUGCUAGGAGUGCAGAUGUCUUUUUGCUUGAUCCUGACAUGACAUACAGGUUUCGAAUCAUUCCCAAAGCUCGGCUAACAGAUGGAGAGCCAUCUAAGGUUCACAGAAUUGGCCCAGGUGAUGGUUUGAGUGGGUCUGCCAUUGCUGGCAUUGCAGCUGGAAUCCCAUGCAGCAUUAUCGCCCUGAUCCUUCUAAUGGGCCUUAUUUUCCUAAUUUUCUGCUACCACAAGAAAAAGAGCAACAAGACAAGAUAUCCAGUCUCUAGAGCUGUUGAGAAGGUGAAAACCAUCCAGCCUAAGGCAGUUUCACACAACAUUUUGAACAGAGGGCUUAGACCUCCUCCUGACUACAACAAUUUGCACCAGACUCCGUCUGAAAGAUCUGUGACGCUACCCAUGUUUGUCCCACCUGCCCCAGUCAGAGUUGCAACGACAGUUUAAAUGAGUAAAUUGAUGUGUAUAUUUUUGCAAAACUGACUUAUAUAUAUAUGAAAUGUUAUAUAUAUAUGAAAUGUUUUAUACAUUUAAUUUUAACUGUAAUACCUAUGACAUAAUAAAAACAUUCCUUAGAAGGAAUGUUUUUAUUGUGUGUUAGCUGAGAAUGUAAUAGCAGUCUAUUCCUGUAGUAUUUUUUUCUUCAGAUAUUUAAUGUAGAAAUAGACGUUUAAGAAGGUAAAGAGGUGUAAAAGUGGCCAAUUAUUUAAGAAAGAAGAAAGUUUUAAAAAUUCUUAAAAUGAAAAAAAAAAUAAAAUUACAUUUUAUUGUUAUCCAGAAACUCUGGAGACAAGUCAUCCUCUGGUCAAAAUAACUAAGGACUAAUGGUUUGCUUUUUUAAUUUUUUUUAUUUUAAAUGUCUUGGGUUGCACUGAAAAAUCUACAUUUAGAAGCAACAGCAGUUGUUGCAUUUAAUGUAAAUAACAUUUUUCUCCUGAAAUAAUUUGACAUAAAUGUAAAUCUAGGGUAUUAUUUUUUUUCAAGUGCUUGAAAAUACAUUUAAAGGUAAAUAGAAAAUCAGAUAUUAUUUUACUAAUUUGUAACUUUUUGUGCUGAAGUUGAAUAAUCUUUUUGUCUUUGCACAAAGUAUCAGGAAUGGAGGGAUUCAAAAUUCAUUUUGCUUGCUGAAACAUACAUUGCUGCUGAUGCUCAUACAUUUGUGCAGCAGAUGGUGCUGUGGAGUAUUGAAUGACAUGAAUUCAUCUGAAUGUCCAGUCAGUUAGAACUGAAGAUAUCUUCAACAAACAUGAACUGGUGAUACUUGUCUUCAUUAAUGUGCUUGAUAUUCAUUUUUCUUGAUGAAAAGUGUUGAAAAUCUAAAUCAUACUAUAUCUAUCAGGCAUUGUUUUAGAAACCAAUGACCAUUAGCUCUCAGUCAGUAAAAUUGGUUAAAUUACAGAAAGAAACUAAAUUCAGUUUUAGAUAAAUAAAGCGAGUUAAUCUCAAAUCCGAACAAAUGGAUUAUUUGUCUAGUAGCUUCUUUAAUUUUAUAAACAUUUUUCUGCACGUUUCAGAGUUAGUUCUUUUGAAAAAUAAAGAGAAUUUACAAAGAGCGGCAUUGGCAGGAAAAGAACAGUUAUGCAAAACCAGACCUAAGAGAAGGUGACAUUUUCUUUAGAUCGUUGAGUGUGAGAGAAUAUGACAGAAGCAUUUACAAAAAAGAAGAGCAAAAUAUUUUAUUAGCUCUACCAGUUUAGGAGAUUUACUUGGCCUAUCAUGAGACACAAAUAAGGUCAACUUCAUCUUAAAAUAUAAAUAUCCAUCCAUCCAUCCAUUUUUUGUACACCAUUGUCCCUAAAUGGGGUUCGGGAGGGUUGCUGGUUCCUCUCCAGCUACGUUCCGGGCGAAGGCGGGGUUCACCCUGGACAGGUCUCCAGUCUGUCGCAGAAAAUAUAAAUAUAACUUGCUAUUAUAUAAGACAAGUUGACUGACAUAUUGCUCACUUCCUGUGGAAACUAAUAAUGGGUUGUCAGAGAUGGAUAAGAGAAAAGUGUGACUACCCUCUUUUUCCCAUAAGAGAAAGUCAUGUUUACAAGUUCAACUUUAUUUUUUUCUAAUCAUUUAUGAUCAAUACUAUACCCUAUAUAACCCUCCCACCCCCAUCCCUGGUGUCAUGCUUCUAGUGCAACGUCCUACAUGUAAAACUGUGUUGUCAGAUCAGAGCUGAAAAACUGCACCGGGCCUCCAUUUUUUUUUUUCUACUAACUGCUAAACUAACCUUUACUGUUUUUGAUGUUGUUGCUAAAUGAUCACUGGGUUGUAUUUUUCCGUACAACUCCACACAAUAUUUCUGACUGUAAAGAUGGAUGAAUAGUUCAUAAUUAUUCUGCCUUCUUACUCUCAGUGUAUCAUUAUAAAGUGUCAACAUGUUUAACAC